AUGGGUCUUGUAGGCACAAUCCCACCCGAAAUCGGAAAUCUUUCUUCUCUUGUAUCUCUAGAUAUGAGCGGAAACUCUUUCCACGGUCGUAUUCCUCGAUCCAUAUUUAAUAUGUCGAGAUUGGAAAUUAUUUCGUUGGCGAAUAAUAACUUAUCUGGAAAGCUGCCUGUGGAUAUUUGCAGCCAUGGUAGUCUUCAAAGGCUACAAGCACUUUCUCUGUAUCAAAACAAUUUAUAUGGAGAAAUACCGUCGACUUUCGACCAAUGUCUACAGCUUCAAGUAUUGUCUUUAAUGCUCAACAACUUUACGGGACAUGUGCCGAGACAAAUUGGGAACAUCACAGGGCUUACCUCGAUUUUCCUUAGUUUCAACAAUUUGGACGGUACUAUUCCAGAAGAGAUAGGUAAUCUUCAUCAGUUAAAUAUGUUGUUAAUGGGAUUUAACAAGUUGACGGGUUCAAUACCUCCAAGCAUUUUUAACAUAUCUUCGUUGGGAAUUAUCUCCAUACCAAAUAACAAUUUAUCGGGAACUUUGCCCGUCGACUUAUGCAGCCACGGUAAUCUUGAUAGCCUCCUCCAGAUUUCUCUGGAUAACAACAUGUUACAUGGAACUAUCGACCCAGAGAUCGGGAAACUGAACAAUUUGACUACCUUAGAUCUUUCAGAAAACCAAUUUUCAGGUCCAAUCACUCCUGCAAUCGGCAAUCUAUCAAAGCUAAAUCUUUUAUAUCUUAAUGCAAAUAACUUUUCUGGUACAAUUCCAUCCGAAAUCGGGAACUUGAACUUAGUGACAUAUCUUCUUCUCGGUGACAACCAAUUAAGUGGCCAAUUGACUAACAUUAAUACAAACUUAACAAGUUUGCAAAUCCUCCUGGUGGCGAAUAACGAAAUUUCAGGUAAUAUUCCAUGGGAUUUGUUCACAUUCAAUAUUACCAACAUUGAUCUUUCCAACAAUGUAUUAGAAGGUAGUUCUAUGCCACUAGACAUAGAUAGAUUCCCAAGCUUGAUUUCUAUAAACCUUGCCAUGAACAAACUAUCCGGCCGAAUACCUUACACAAUUGGGAAUCUAUCAGCUCUCUCUGGCCUAAUACUCCAUUCUAACCAACUUUUAGGAGAGAUUCCGUUUUCCGUUUGCAACUUGACAUCUCUUAGCUAUUUUCAUUUGUCGAAUAACAAUUUGGAAGGGGCAAUUCCACAAUGUUUAGGAAACUCGAGCCCGUCUCUACAAGUUUUGCAUUUAAGGGCGAAUAAUUUCCACGGUCAUUUACCGUCAACGUUUUCAAAGGGUUGUCUUCUUGAGUCGCUUAAUAUGAAUGGGAAUAAAUUGGAUGGAAAACUACCACAAUCUCUCGUCAAUUGCGGAAAUCUACAGGUUCUUGAUAUUGGAAAUAAUCAAAUACAAGAUGUAUUUCCCUUUUGGUUGGAAACUCUUGUUGAGCUUCGAGUGCUUGUCUUGAGAUCGAAUAGAUUUGAUGGUACAAUAUUACAGGAUUCAAAUAAUGAGCUUCCGUUUCCCAAGUUGCAAGUUUUUGAUAUAUCCAAGAAUAAAUUUAAUGGUUCUUUGCCCAGUAGAUAUUUAAACAAUUUUAGAGCCAUGAUGGAUGUGAAGGAAAAUGGAAUUGGAAAAGAAAAUUGGUUUUCGUACUUUCAAGAGACAAUUGUAUUUGUUUUGAAAGGUUUGGAGCUUCCAGUGGUGAGAAUCCUGACAACGUUUACAACCAUUGACUUGUCUGAUAAUAGAUUUUCCGGAACUAUUCCACAAAAUAUUGGAAGUCUCAACUCUUUGAGGUACUUGAAUUUGUCUCGUAACAACAUCACAGGGAAUAUACCAGCAUCUCUUGGAAAUAUGAGUAUACUUGAAUCGUUGGACCUGUCUUCGAACCGAUUGGUGGGGGAAAUUCCAUUGCCAUUGAACAUGUUGACAUCUCUUUCUCGGUUGAACCUUUCAUUCAAUAAUCUUGUUGGACGGAUACCUCAGAUAGGCCAAUUGGCUACAUUUGAAAACAAGUCGUAUUUGUAA